AACCAACACCGCCCAAAGACAACAGCCUUUUCCCGCCAUUUCCCAUAGGAAGAGAGAGCUCUAUCACCGAUUCUACACGCCGUCCGAAGGGACUGAGACGGAGACCACAAUUUCUCCUCCGCCCCCCCCACCCCCUCGUUUCUUCAUUCUCUUUUCUUCCCGCUUCUGCGUACCCAACAACCAAUCAAACGCCAAAAACCCUAGGAUACGCUUAACCCUAUGGAAGAAUCUAGGGUUUUCACCGACCCGACCCGUCGCCCGAGUGGUCUGCAAGCCGGCAUCAUCUCCAGAAUCCGUUUGGAAAAUUUCAUGUGCCACAGCAAUCUCGAAAUCGAGCUCGGCGAUUGGGUCAAUUUCGUCACCGGCCAGAAUGGAAGUGGUAAGAGUGCUAUAUUAACGGCACUCUGUGUGGCAUUUGGGAGCCGAGCUCGUGGCACGCAGAGAGCGAAUACGAUGAAGGAUUUUAUAAAGACGGGCUGCAGCCAUUCACUUGUUCAAGUUGAGAUAAAAAAUCAAGGAGAAGAUGCUUUCAAGCCAGAUUUGUAUGGAGACGUCAUAAUUGUGGAGCGCAGAGUUUCUGAAUCAACCAGUUCCAUCACAUUGAAAAAUAUUCAAGGUAGGAGGGUUGGUACCAAGAAAGAUGACCUGCGUGAGAUUGUAGAACACUUCAAUAUUGAUGUGGAAAAUCCAUGUGUCAUCAUGAGCCAAGACAAGAGCAGAGAAUUUUUACAUUCAGGGAACGCAAAAGAUAAGUUCAAGUUCUUUUUCAAGGCAACUCUUCUUCAACAAGUGGAUGACCUAUUAAAAGGUAUUGAAAAACAACUAAAUGACGCAACAGCCCUGGUUAAUCAUUUGCAAGAAUCACUGAGACCAAUAUUAAAGGAACUUGACGAAUUGCAAGAAAAGAUAAAAAGCAUGGAACUUGUGGAGGAGAUAUCACAGCAGGUGCAGUUGUUGAGGAAGAAACUAGCUUGGUCAUGGGUAUAUGAUGCUGGCAGAAAACUCGAUGCACAACAAAAAUUGAUUGAAAAGCUAAAAGGAAGAAUACCAAGCUGUCAAGAACGGAUUGAUCUGCACCAUCACAAGAUUGAAGAAUUGAGUGAUCAUUUGGCAACUAAGAAAAGUCAAAUAUCAAAUAUGAUGGAAAAGACAAACGAAGUCAGAAGGAUGAAAGAGGAUUUGCAUCAAAGUCUUUCUAUGGCUGUGACGGAGAGAUUUAAGCUAGAAGAGGAACAAAAGCGCAAGACUAGGGAAAUUCAGAAAAUGGGGCUACAUGUCAAAUCGCUUGAGCAACAGAUACAUGAUUUGCAUGAGCAGUACAUGAAAAAUACGCAGGCCGAAGAUAAUGAGAUGGAGGAAAGACAAAGGGAACUGCAAGUUGAGGUAGAUGAAGCUAACAUUAACCUUCGGAGAUUAAAGGAAGAAGAGGAUGAAAUAAUACAAAGGAAAUCUGUGGUUGAAAAUGAAAUUGAAAAAAUUGCCGAUCAGAUGCAAGAAGUUGAGAGAAGGCACCGUAGUAUUUCUUCUCGUAUCCGUGAGCUCCAAAUGCAUCAAACAAAUAAGGUUACUGCAUUUGGAGGAAGCCUGGUGACCAGUCUUUUGCAGGCCAUUGAGCGACAUCAACAUAAAUUUAGUAGCCCACCAAUUGGUCCCAUAGGCACCCAUGUGAAAUUGGAACAUGGAGACAUGUGGUCUAUAGCUGUUGAAAAUGCUGUUGGCAGGGUGCUCAAUGCUUUCAUUGUCACAGAUCAUAAAGAUGCCCGCAUUUUAAGAGCAUGUGCAAGGGAAGCAAACUAUAACCACUUGCAGAUUAUCAUAUAUGACUUCUCCAGACCCAGACUUGAUAUUCCUAGGCACAUGCUUCCCCAGACUAAUCAUCCCACUGCAUUCUCCGUUAUACAUUCUGACAAUCCGACGGUGCUGAAUGUUUUGGUUGAUGUGGCUAGUGCUGAGAGGCAAGUGCUCGUUAAAGAUUAUGAUGUUGGUAAGACAGUUGCCUUUGAUCAGAGGGUAUCAAAUCUGAAAGAGGUUUACACUUCUGAUGGAUUCAAGAUGUACUGCAGAUCUGGGUAUUCGAGUUCCAUGUGUAAUUUGUUUUCCCGUGGUUCGGCACAAACUAUUCUCCCUCCCAACAAAAACUUUAGAGCUGGUCGUCUUUGUGGUUCAUUUGAUAAUGAGAUUAAAAAUCUGGAAAGAGAUGCACUAGAAGUAAAAGAGAGAGCUCAACAAGGCCGGGGAGUAAAACGGGCUAAAGAGGAAGAGUUGAGGAAUCUUCACAGUAUGUUAAGCAGUGUAAAGAGAAGGCGAAUAGAUGUAGAGCGUCAAUCUAAGAAAAUGGAAUUUGAGCUGGCAGAUGUGAAAAAGUUGCUUUCCUCAGAAGUUAGUUCUGGACCUGCAUCAACUGUGGAUGAGCUUCAUGAAGAUAUAUCUAAAGUGCAAAAUGAAAUACGAGAAAAGGAAACUUUGCUAGAAAAGCUUCAUCAGAGAGUGGCUGAAGCAGGAAUAAAAGCUAAAGAUCUCAAAGUGUCAUUCGAAAAUUUAUGUGAGUCAGCAAAGUCAGAAAUUGAUGCAUUAGCUGAAGCAGAGCGGGAACUGAUGAUGAUAGAGAAAGAUCUGCAUGCAGCAGAAAGGGAAAAGAAACAUUAUGAAGAAAUAAUGCAUAAAAAAGUCCUUUCGGAGCUACAAAAUGCAAAGGCGGAGUUCCAGGAGCUUGAGCGUAUCUGCAAGGAGAACAAUCGGAAAGCUUCAAUGAUAUGCCCCGAGGAUGAGAUUGAGGCUUUAGGAGGCUGCAAGGAGAGUCCUGAACAACUCAGCACUCUACUUGGUAGGGCGACUCAAAGACUUGAGCGCGAGAGCCAAAGAUUUCCAGAAUCUAUUGAUGAUCUGAGAAUGUUGUGUGAAAAAAAAGAGCGUAAGAUCUCAAGAAAACAGCAAACUUACAAAGCAUUUCGAGAGAAAUUAGAAGCUUGUGAGGUAGCUUUACACUUUAGAUGGAAGAAAUUCCAGUCGAAUGCCAAUGCUCUGAAGCGCCAGCUAACGUGGCAGUUCAAUGGACAUUUAGUAAAGAAAGGGAUCAGCGGUAAAAUCAAAGUUAGUUAUGAAGAGCAGACCCUGUCAGUUGAGGUAAACAUGCCUCAAGACGCAUCAAGCAGCUCUGUUUGUGACACAAGAGGGCUUUCAGGUGGUGAACGUUCUUUUUCAACAUUGUGUUUUGCUCUCGCACUUCAUGAGAUGACAGAAUCGCCAUUCCGUGCCAUGGAUGAGUUCGAUGUAUUUAUGGAUGCCGUUAGCAGAAAAAUUAGCCUGGACGCCUUAGUUGAUUUUGCACUGGCUCAAGGUUCCCAGUGGAUAUUUAUUACCCCUCAUGACAUCAGCAUGGUGAAACACGACGAAAGGAUAAAGAAGCAGCAAAUGGCAGCGCCUCGUGGAUGACCAUUUACAAGCACCUUUUUUUUUCCUUUUUUGUCAAGUGUAAAUUGUAUUAUCCAUCUAGUCCUUGCAUUUUAUCCGACGGGCAUAAACCAGGGGAUCGGAUUCUCGUUUCGAGUUAGGUUUUUUAUUUUGUGCUAUUUUUCUCCUGCUUGGCUUUACGGUGAUUGGCUUAAGUUCUAGUAGCCAUUUGGAGAACCAUGUUCAUAGUUAUGUAGAUAAAGGAGACAGUUUAUUCAAGGUUUCCCGAAUAUUGCCUGAUGCAAUAUUGAGUAUUAUGUAAA